AUGAAAGCAGCUAGAGAUCAGUUCUAUGUUCCUGCUGAAUUGAAGGUUGUGGUGAUUUAUCCAGAGUUGUAUGAGAGAGAUUUGCUUAGACUGGAUGAAUCCUACAAAACAGACAAAGGAGGUAUUAUGUCUCCAUGUCCUUCUUGCAAAACAAACAAGGGCAUGAAGAUCAUUGGUUGGAGCUCAUCAAGAAAGAACUGUCAGCGGGUUCUCAACACAAAACUCUUUCAUGAUAUUGUUAUUGGAGCCAGAUAUGCCUGCACCUAUACCAAUCCAAUGAGCAACCAGAAGUGCAACAAGACUUUCACAUCCUACUAUGGUGACUUGUGGCAGCAAUUUCCAAAACCUGUAAAGAGGAGAUAUUUGGACUAUGUCUCUCCAUUAUCAUUCAAUGACAGAACAACGCAUCAAAUGAUGUCUCCUGGAUUUUGUGAUAAGCUGCUCUUUCACAAAGGCUCCUUUGAAGAGUUCUCUAGAUCUCUAGCCAAUUCUGUCUCAGUCCAAGCUCGUGAAGCCCUUACCAUGUAUCGAAACUUCAUUGAAGAAGAAGCUGAUUUGUUUCCUAGUGAAAAGCCAAAUUCAAUGACUGCCUCUGCCUAUGCCAACAAGAAGACACAGAAAUGGCCCAAGUUUGAUGAUGCAUCUCUUUCAUCAUUCUUCAAAAUGCCUGCACCCAACACGGUUAUCAAGAUGUGGGAAGCAGUCUAUGCUAAAGCUGAACCCAAUCUACUGAGAGAUUUGUUGAGCAGGACUGGUGGUCGUUUUGUUAGAGUUGAUGGGACCUAUUUGAUUAUGAAAAAGACAAUGAAUCUGUCCGAUGCUGAAGCAGCUAACAAUGUUCUUGUAAAGGUCCUGGGUGAAUAUGGUCAUGUUCUCAUCUAUGCCUUCACAGAAACAGAGAAUCAUGAGGUCAAGGAACGGCUUCUUUACUUUCUCAAGCAACGCUACCUCAGAAUUGGUGGCCAAGCUGCAGUGGAUGAAGUCAUUGCGGGCUAUGAUGAUUUGUGUUGCAAUAACUCAGAUCCAUCCCUUCAUUUCCUACCCAAGCUCUUUCCCAAUUGUCAGAGGGCUUUUUUGAAAGAUGUUUGGCAUGCAAUUGACAUUGUCAAGCGAGAGACCGCUGGAGCAGAUCAUCCUCUUCAUGAAGCUUUCUUUGGUGGACUUUGGGGUGCUAUAUUGAAAUGGGAGGAACAAUCUGCAUGGCAAACCUUGCAGCACUUUAGAUCGGCUCAUCCUGAGGGCAAGAAGUACUCCUCAGAAGAAGCUGCUAGAGAAGCCAUGUUCAAGCUGAAGAGGUACAAAGAUGCUAUAUUCAACUUCAUUCCACAGGAUACCUCCAAAAUGAGUGAUGAUGUGUGGAAGCUCUAUGAAGCAACCAAGAAGCUAGACGAAGAAAAUAGAGCCAAAGCACUGCUCUGUCAGGAGGGUUACAGACCUUUCUUCAAGAAGGCAAUUAGGAAUCAUCAGUGUGGUGGAGAACAAGCAAUCAUCAACCUGCUAGAACACAUUCAAAAGGGUUGUCUCAGUGAUCCUCUUCAGCCAAGAGACAUGAGCUACAGGGCAAGUGACAAGCCUCACACUGAUGGAGGUCCUCCUUUGCUAAGGCGUCUGCGUGGAACUAACAUUGUUGAGAGCACAAUCUCAAGUGUGAUCACAGAAUCUCUCACAUCACUGGAAUUGCUGCUAGACCUAGAGAUUGGUUUGUCAGGGAAGCAUUGCAAGGAUCUCACCAACUUGACAGCAACCAUGUUUGAUGAUUCCAUUCAGUACCCACCUCCACUAGAUAUGGAAGCCCAUAUGGAGCCAAUUGGUGAGAACUAUCAGCUCUAUACAGAGUGGCAGAAGAUUGAUGCUAUGAUUGCUUCCUUAGUUGGCAUUUCCAGUAGCAAUACUGCCCCACUUGACCCAAUUGAAGAUGAUCUGUUUGGUGGAAUCUCAGAUGAGGCUAUCUUUGAAACAAUUGAGGAGGUUGAAAGAUCACAAACAGUGGAGGAGCAGCUUGCUUCUCCAUCAAUACAGCCACAUCAACAUAUGAAUCUCAAUGCUACAGCUGGAGCAUUUGCGACUGAUGGAGUACAGAAUGAGCAUAUGAUAUCUAUUGAGGCAUCUCCUUUGCAGAUGGCAGCACAACAGUCAACACCAUCACCACAGCAGCAGCCCACAGCUGCAGCUGAAAGCUUCUCUGAGCUGCAGACCAACUUCUCUGAACGAAUUGCUGAAAGAACACCUCCAAGGUCUCCCAAGAAGGCAAGUCAGGAGAGCUCAGGGUUUGGUGCAACCAGAUAUGGAACCAGAAAAGCAAUGUUCAAAGCAAUAACAAUCCACAAUAGCUACAUUGCUGAGCCAUUGUCUGCAAGGCAAAGGGCUUUGGUACUGAGAGCAUAUGAACAAGUGAUGGGAAGCACCCCAGAUUUUGACAACUUGCCACUUCCAAAGGUGCAUGAAAGAGUAGCUACUGUAUUCAACUCCUGGCAUCUAGAAGCAGUUGGAGCAAGGACCCCAGCUGAAGGCUUUGGUGGAAAGAUCAGAGUUGAAUCAGUCAAGACAUGCUUAGAACAAGCUGCACAACCAAUUGUGAGGCAACAGAUCCAGGUCCAGGCUGUUGGCAUUGCAAGUGGGAGGACAGCACCUAUUCCUACAUUGAACCAAAUCAACAAUAUGAGCCAGCGGGACCUCAAGAGACAUCUCCAAAGGGCUGGAGAGAUUGUGAGAGGAACUAAGGAGCAGCAGAGAAAGAGAUUGAAGGAGAGAUAUAACCUAUAA